UAUUUAAGAUAACGAAAUAAUUUUCUAACUGAUACACGAAUAAAUGUGAAGAAAAAAAUAAAAGAAAUGAUAUAUAAACUCAAUGUAUAUAUAUAAUUUAGAUUUGGAGCUGUGGACUGCACAACCCAACCCGCCGCCAGUUUUUAAGACAUGACCUCUUAAUCGAACUCAAUCCUGCAACGAUAGGCAAGCUUCCUCUUCUUCCCUCUCCUUCAUCACCCCGCAGGCUCAUCGAAGGCGCCGUCGCCUCACUCUUGGCGGCAUGUAGAACCCCCGAUCACCUCCUCCAGGUCCAAUCCCGAGUCGUCGCCCAUGGUCUCCAUCGGGACCCCUUCCUCGCCCCCAGGAUCGCUGCCGCCUCCUUCCGAUGCGGAGCCCCCGCCAUCGCCCACCGUUCCUUCGACCAGAUUCCCGAACCGACCACCGUCCUCCACAACGUCAUGUUCAAGGGAUACAACGCCGCCGGGCUCCGCAGCGCGGCGCUGGCCUUGUUCCGCCGGAUGCGGCGCCGCGGCGUGCCGCACAACCGCUUCACUUUUCCCCUCGUGAUCAAGUCCUGCGCUGGAGGUUCGGCGGAAGGGGAACAGGUGCAUUGCCUCGCGAUCAAGAGCGGGGUCGAGGCGUGUGGGUUCGUUGUGCCCGCGUUGAUCGAGAUGUACUCGAGCGACGGCGCGAUCGGAUCUGCGCGGAAGGUGUUCGACGCGAUGCUGGAGAGAAAUGUGGUGACUUGGACCGCAAUUAUCUCAGCCUACCUCUCGGUUAGCAAUGUCGAAUCUGCGAGAGAGCUCUUUGAUCAAACCGUUGAGCGGGAUGUGAUACUUUGGAACACCAUUGUCUCAGGGUAUGCCAGGUGCGGCGACAUGGCCACGGCCAUGGAGCUCUUUGCUCUGAUUCCAGACCCAGACAUCAUUGCUUGGAACACCAUCUUACUUGGCUUUGCCAAUGUUGGAAACCUCACAGCUUGCGAAUGCCUGUUUGGGGAAAUGCCUGAAAGAAAUGUGUUCUCUUGGAACGGUCUGCUCGGAGGAUAUGCUCACCAUGCACAGUACUACAAGGUUUUGGAUGUUUUCAAUCAGAUGCUCUGCUCGUGCGACGUCAAGGCUAAUGAUGCCACCCUUGUGACUGUUCUAUCAGCGUGCGCGAGAUUAGGAGCACUGGAAAUGGGAAGAUGGAUUCAUUCGUAUGCCAAAUCUAUUGGAUUGAAUGCCAAUGUUUAUGUGGGGAAUGGACUCAUCGACAUGUAUGCAAAAUGUGGUUGCAUAGAUGAUGCCGUGGAGGUGCACAAUGCAAUGCCAAGGAGGGAUCUUAUAACUUGGAAUUCCACGAUAGGAGGAUUGGCAAUGCAUGGACGAGGAGUAGAGGCUUUGCAGUUGUUUAACAAGAUGAAGAGCAUAAGUGAGAGACCAGAUGGCAUCACAUUUGUCGGAGUGUUGUCGGCCUGUGUUCACAUGGGGUUGGUCGAAGACGGUUUGAUGUUCUUUAGAAUGAUGACUGAGGACUACAAGAUUGUUCCUUGGAUUGAGCAUUGUGGGUGUAUGGUGGAUCUUCUCAGCCGAGCAGGGUUGCUCACCGAGGCCCUAGGUUUUAUCAGGAAGAUGCCCAUGGAGCCUGAUUGUGUUAUUUGGAAUUCCUUGCUCAGGGCAUGUCAAAUUCACAAGAAUGUGGUUUUAGCUGAGCUUGUUUUGAAUCAAUUAACGAGGCUUGUGCCUGAUGAUGUUGCUAAUUACAUUGUUCUGUCGAAUAUUUAUGGAGCCAGUGGAAGAUGGAAAGAUGCGGCAAGGAUGAAACAGAUCGCAAAACAGAAGAGUGCAGAGAAGACACCGGGCUGCAGCUUGAUCGAAGUGAAUUCUCAAGUUGUCGAGUUCUUUUCAACUGAUGCAAGGCAUCCACAAACAUGGAAGAUUUACAAGGUAUUGGAAGAAUUGACAAACGUACUAAAGUUACCUGCAGUGGAAGUAGAGCUCAUCGAGCUGGGUAUGUAUGAUUCUUGAAAUCAUCUUAUUUUACUUUAGCUGUUUAGGACAUAAUUAACACCGAUAAUUUUUGUUUAAAUGAGUUACUGAGAUUCUA